AUGCAGCGUACUCUGGAACCGGAACUGGCAACGCUUGAGGCACCAGUGGUCUGGGAAGGUCGCGGCGAGCAGUCCAGCCCGCUGAACCAGAAGGAAAGCCCAGUCCAGCCCAAGGAAGACCGCAAGCGGACUCGAGACGAGCCGGAGCUGCGGCGCCGCGGGCGGCGGCGACGCGACAGCCGCGACCAGCGAAGAAGAAGCAGAUCGCGCCCCACUGAGCGGAAGGCGGAAGCUGAGGAAACGAAGGAAACACCGAAGAAAACCUUUGGUAAAAAGGUUGCCGCCUUGGCGCUUCAUAGUGAGGGCCAGGAAGAAGCUGAAGAUGAGGUUGAGGCAGUUCCAAACACUGAACUCCUGGUUCUGGGAUCCUCGGAGUCCUACUCCUACGAGUGGUCCGGAGACGAAGAGGAAAUCAUCAAAGCCAAGGCUGCACGACAAGCUGCCAAAGAAGAACGGCGAAGGAAGUUGGAGGAGAGACGCGCCGAAGUGCAGCGAAAAGCAGAUGAGGACCUCUGGUGCACCGCCUCGGCCAGGUGUGGUCCCCCGGCAGCCGCCUGCAGGGUGCGCAUGGCUCCGUUUGUUGGCUUCCUCUGGGCGUUGCUCCUGACUGCGUUGCGUGGGUCGGCCGUGCCCGGCUGGUUGGGCCCAGAGGACCCUCCGCCGAACACCACUUUGGGCCACAGCCUGCCUCGGUUCGAGCAAACUGGCAGGAAGCACCGCCGGGCCUUGACCAUCUCUCUGAACGCCCGGUGGUGCCAGCAGCGCGCGCCUCCGCCUUGCCACCUCUUAGCUGGGCUACUGCCGCCGGCGCGUCUCCAUUGGAGCAAGCGGGCCCGACGCCUUUAUCCUCGGCGGCCUCGGUGGCCGGGCUGGCCAAUGCGAGCAUGCCGGAUUGGGGAAGCUGCCAAUCCAGGGCCCCCUGCCCCUGGGACGCCUGUGGGUGGUGAGCGGGGGUCGGCCCGUGAACGCGAGCGGUCACCCGCCAGUGGGCGUGGCGCGCCUUCUCGACAGCGGCUGUUCUGUCCCGUCCCUGGCUGCCUUUGUGCCGACCCCACCCGGGCACCUGGUUGGGCCAACGUCGCAACCAUGCGCUCGCACAUUGAUGCGCACCUCUCUGGCUCUCUCACUGGCGAUGUGCCCGCAUCUUGGAUGCAAACCCACGGCCGCACCCGCUGCCUGGUCUGUGGGCUGAGCGUGUCGGAGCGACACGGCGUUCAUCCCACUUGUCGCCCCGAGGCGCGGGCAGCUGCCCCUGACGGAGCCCAGCCAAUGGACAUCGACAACCUGCAACUGCCUUCCUUCACGGAGAUCCAAGCCGCCCGCACUCCCACAUUGCGACAUGUGCCCGUUGCUGCCCGACACACCUGGAACCACAUCCUAACCCGGGCGUUGGCAGCCGUUGUGCACCGGAAUGAUGAGAGGGCGUGGCGUGAACUGCUGAUGUUGCCUCAGUGCCUCCUUUGUGCACCAACUCGGGGAGGUCGGCGGCACAGCAAAGCGGUCGCCGCUUAUACCUUGGACCGCCUCCAUCGCUGGCAGGAAGGGGAACGGCUCUCCCUUUGGUCCAGCCGGGCUGUGGGUCGUCCUCGCCGAACUACACCGCCCAGUCCAGAUGCAAAAAGCCCUUCAAGCGCUCCACCCCGGAGCCCGCCACCCAGUGCCCCACCACUCCAUGACCUUCCCGUUGGCCCGGACAUCGCCCCUGACUUGGUGACCCGCUGUCUUCGUGCUUUCCCUUCUGACACAGCACCGGGGCCCACCGGCUUGCGGGUGCAACAGUUAAAGGAUGCAUGUGUGCCGGGGGGCACUGAGGCCUUCCUCGCUCAGCUUGCCGCUGUUGUGCAGCUUCUCGCUCAUGGCCGCGCGCCUGCCUGCGUUUCUCCGGUGCUUGGCGGGGCAGGGCUCGUUGCCCUCCCUAAACCCACGGGUGGGGUGCGACCCAUCGCUGUGGGGGAAAUCCUCCGCCGGCUCACGGGCAAGUGCCUCAUGUCCGUUGUCCGGGAAGAUGCACGUCAGCUGCUUUGGCCAGUGCAAGUUGGUGUUGCUGUGCCCAAUGGUGCUGAAGUUGCAAUCCACACGGUCCGAGCCUGGUCCCGCCGACACAUGGGCUCCAGCACCAAAGUUCUCCUCAAGUUGGAUUUCAGCAACGCGUUCAAUUGCGUGUCACGGGCCGUGGUGCUUGAGGAGGCUGCCUCCAAAGCAAUAGGCCUCGACUUGAACCUCGCCAAAUGUGAGCUUGCGGUUGCUGGGCCUGUGUCUGAAACAGCUCUGCAAGCCUGCUUCCCAGCUGCCUUGCUGUGUGACGGUGGUGGCACCGGACGGGUCCAGUCCAAUUUUGAUUUCUUGGGAGCUGCCAUCGGGGACGACACUUUCAUCCGUGAUCACGCUGCAGACCGGGCCGCCAAGGCUGGGGACCUGCUGGACGGGUUGGCUGAACUCACCGACCCCCAGGUAGGCUUACGCUUGCUUCGGGCAUGCGGGGGCUUUUCGCGCAUGGUGCACAGCAUGCGCUGCAACCCGCCGCAUUCCCAAAGCAUCGCGCUUGACAUGUUUGAUGGCAUGACCCGGCGCUGCUUUGGCGACUUGACAGGUGUACACCCCACUACAGCGCAAUGGCAGCAGGCUGCCCGCGGGCUCGCUCAUGGAGGGCUAGGUUUGCGGUCGUGUGAACACCAUGCGUCAGCAGCUUUCUUAGCUUCCGUCGGCGGCUCGCUAGCUGCUUGUGCCGAACUGGAUCCGGCUUUUUCUGCCGAUGAGCAAAAAAGCAGCCCUGCCGUGUCGGCCGCCUUGGCCCACCUCAAUGCCCACCUGCCGCCACACCAAGCUCUGAGCGUUGAGGCCGCCCUUUCCUCCAAGCAACGCGAUUUGUCCCAUCGUGUUGAUGCGGCUGGCUGGGCCCACCAGCUGAGCCAAGCAACCCCUAUCGAACAAGCCGUCCUUCAUUCUGAAGCUUCUGUUGGGGGCCGGGCUUUCCUUGCAGCAGUUCCCCACGGCGCCGGACGUAUGGAACCUGCAGCUUUUUGUGCGGAGCUCCGCCUCCGGCUGUUGGUGCCUGACGCUGAUGCAGACGCCUGGUGUCCUCGCUGCGAUGGCAUCUUGGACCGGCACAGCUAUCAUGCUGCCACCUGCAUUGCCGGUGGUGAACGCACGCGGCGGGAUCAUGCUGUCCGCGAUCUGGUGUGCCAGUGGGCCGUGCAAGCCGGUCUUCGUCCUGAAAAGGAAGCUGCCCAUCUUCUGCUGCCUCAGAGUCCCGAUGACCUCAGCAGCAGCCGUCGCCGCCCUGCGGACAUUUUCAUCCCUGCCUUGGCCGGGUCCCCUGCUGCAUUGGAUUUCGCUGUCACAGCGCACACGCGGCAAGAGACUUUGGCUCUGGCUAGUCAAACACCCGGAGCGGCGGCGGCAGCCUGUGCCCAGCACAAGGUUGCAUACCUGCAAACAGGCCACAUUUGCCAGCAGCAUGGAAUUCGCUUUUUGCCUAUGGUGGUGGAGCCGACAGGAAACUGGGACGAUGGCGCCAUGCACACCUUGAAGCAUAUCGCGCAUGCAGCAGCUGCCCGUACAGGGGCAGACCCUGCAAAAGCCGUUGCCACCUUCCUUCAGGAACUCUGUGUGGUGACGCGGUCCUACCGGGCUUGUGCAGCUCUCCGACGACGCGCAGAGCUGGCAGCUACCUAG